UUGCAAGUCUUUUUUUCCCUCCCCCUUCGUUUUCCAGUGUAGUGCGUUGAUUUCAUACCAAAGUCAUACUUAACAUUCCACUUAUACUGUCAAACCUCUGAGAAAUAUUACGGAAAACAACAAGGCGCCAAAUUAUAAUAAACUAACUAAAGUGACCAGCGGCUUUUAGUGAGAGGAAGAAGGUGACUGCCAGAAUAAAAAAAAAGUUCAUACCUGGAUCAUCCGACACUUCCAGCCUUGUUCCUCAAGAGGAAUCCAACGAUUUGACCUACAGGCAAAGAAGAGAGAGACAAGCAAAAACGAUUUGGGAGGAAUACACAACUUCAGUCUGGUUUGGACCUCUGCAACCCAAAGGUCUCCUACAGAUCCUUUGAUUUUGGGGCUCGGGGUCGGGCCCAGGGGGAGCCGCCACCAUUGCGUCCAACGAGUGGAGUGCUAACGGUAGCCCAGAAGAUGGGCUGGAUGGGGAAAACGAGGACAAGACCAUUGACGGGGACGCCGAGGGCGUGUGGAGCCCGGACAUCGAGCAGAGCUUCCAGGAGGCCCUCGCCAUCUACCCUCCCUGUGGCAGGAGGAAAAUCAUCCUGUCAGAUGAGGGGAAGAUGUAUGGUCGCAAUGAAUUGAUAGCAAGGUACAUCAAGCUGAGGACGGGCAAAACCCGCACAAGAAAACAGGUGUCUAGUCACAUACAGGUGUUAGCACGGAAGAAAGUUCGUGAAUACCAGGCGGGUAUAAAGGCGAUGAAUUUGGAUCAGGCGUCUAAAGACAAAGCCCUGCAGAACAUGGCAGCACUGUCGUCUGCACAGAUCGUCUCCCCGAGUAUGAUAAAGAAUCACCUUCCACCACUGCCUCCUGCCCCCUACCAACCACCCAGAUUCUGGCCUGCUAUCCCAGGACAGCCUGGACCUUCUCAGGAGCUGAUUCUAGAUCUCAACCAGGGGAGGACUCCUGGGCUUGGCCGCACCAGCCAUGCCAUCAAACCUUUUGCACAGCCCCCAUACCCAAGCCUAUCAGGUCCUGUACAACAAUCCAUACCAAGUUAUGAGCCCUUGGCACCUCCUCCUCCUCCAUCUGCUACUGCAGUGCCAGUGUGGCAGGACCGGACCAUUGCCUCCUCCAAGCUGCGGAUGCUGGAGUACUCAGCCUUCAUGGAGGUCCAGAGAGACCCAGAUAACUACAGCAAACACCUGUUUGUCCACAUUGGACAGACUAACCCCUCCUACAGCGACCCGCUCCUCGAGGCCGUGGACAUCCGGCAGAUCUACGACAAGUUCCCUGAGAAGAAGGGGGGCCUCAAAGAGCUUUAUGAGAAAGGCCCUCAGAAUGCGUUCUUCCUUGUUAAAUUCUGGGCGGACCUGAACAGUAGCGGCAUGCAGGACGGCCCUGGCUCUUUCUAUGGUGUCAGCAGCCAGUACAGCAGCCUCGAGAACAUGACCAUCACUGUUUCAACCAAAGUCUGCUCGUUUGGCAAGCAGGUUGUGGAGAAAGUAGAGACAGAAUACGCCCGCCUGGAGGGAGGAAGGUGUGUUUACAGGAUCCACCGCUCUCCUAUGUGCGAGUACAUGAUCAACUUUAUCCACAAACUCAAAUGCUUGCCUGAAAAAUACAUGAUGAACAGUGUUCUUGAAAACUUCACUAUCCUACAGGUGGUGACGAACCGCGACACCCAGGAGACCUUGCUCUGUAUAGCGUUUGUUUUUGAGGUUUCUACAAGUGAACAUGGAGCUCAGUAUCAUGUCUACAGACUUGUUAAAGACUAACAGCUCUUCAGGGAGGUUUUGGAAAAGCCAGACAAAAGCGCGACACAAUCUCUCUUCGACAAGCUCAACCAUCCAGGAAAAACUACAACAACAAAAAACAUUCAAAAAAUGCUAGACCGAACUAACAUGGACACAUUUUAUGCUUUAAAAGAAGUUGUCUUGUUCGCAAGAAAAAAAAAAAAAGAGUGAAUCUCAACGUGCCAACGCGCAAAGAAAUUCUGAAGAAUUACGGAUUUUUUCAACCAGCUAUUUUCCAUGUGUUUAAACAUGCUUUAGAUGAAGUGGGUCACUUUUGCCAAGGUCAUUGAUGGAGCUUGAAAUGUUUUUAUUGAGGGAACGAGAAUGUGCGUAGGGUUGAAAAGACUCUAUAGUAUUCAAGGUGAUCACACUCGGAGCAAUAAGAGAAGUGUAUAUAAGAUUGAAGAAGUAGAGAGAGCACAGGACCAUGGAAGGGGAAAACCAGAGCCAAGUGGUGUUGUUGCAGUAGGUUGGUAAGGAAAGCAAGUGCCUUUUCUCCAAAGAUUAUAUCAUUGCCUGCCACUUUUGAUUGCCUUUUUUUACUACCUCUUGUUUUUAAACGAACAGUAAAUGGUCAGACUGGUGUAUUUUGUCCGAAAAAAUAAUUUGGAAAGAAACCUCCCAGAUUGACAUCUUUUGAGGCGUUUUUUUGUAUUUGGGCACACAGAGGAAUGAGAUGGGAUAACUAAUUUUCAUGUAGCCUGUUGUUUUUACAAAAAGAUCGUCCCAAGUUUUACAGUCCACGUGUAUAGGGAGAAGGUUUAUUGUGUUACCGUACUAUUUAGGUUCUGCUUUUUUAUGUUUUAUUACACAAUUUAAAAAUCAGGUCUUACAAGCAUCUAUCUAUAACUGACUUUUGACACUAAAGAUGCCUUGUACCAUUGCUAGCCUGACAUAAAGCCAGGGCUUUGCCAUCCUUACGAGAUCCCCUGUUAAUUCUCUCUGUUUGAAGACGUGUGCUUGGUUGCACUUAAAAGAUCAAGAAGGGGAGGUGAAGCAACAGCAGUGCUUAUUUUCUGCCUUGAGUUUGUUAUGUAGCCUAAUUGAAAAAAAAAAUGAACUGUUUCUGUACUGUGAGUCGGUGGAUGCUAAAGGAAUAUGUGUUACAUAGGAGUAUUUUUUUUUGGGUGGGGGGGGGGGGCUUGUGAUCAAGUAACUCAGCACAGAGACCAUGGUUUGAGUGGAGAGAAGUUGAUCACUCUUUCUUUUGUUUAAAAAAGAGAUUGUAUGCCGUGAAGCCGGUUCAUUUGCUUCACCCUUCUCCACUGUAAUGUGUGGAGAAGCUGCAUCCAUUCAUAAAAGUUCAGUUUUGAUAUUUAAGACAAUUUUUUUUUUUACUGACAUUAAAAAUGAAAUAAUUUUAAAAAUCAAACAAAAAUAAUUGUCUUGAAUGAGAGCUAUUGUCUCUGUGCUGUAGAGUAUGACCAUUGAUUGUUAUUUAUAGGGUUGGAAAAGAAAUAGCGGGAGGGCAGGGUGGGGUAAUGGAGAUGUAUUGAUCAUUUUCCACUGUGAUGGAGAUGUUAAAAGUAUUGCAGGACACAUAUUUGAGACUGUCAUCCCAUGGAUCCUGCUAGACAAGUGUCUACUCUGUGUGGUUCACUGGACAAUUGUGAUAUAAAAGUUCAAAUUUAAAAUAAUAAUUGCACCUGGUUUUGAAUGUCAUAUUUCACAAGCUAGAUACAAUAACACUCCUCCUCUAGCAGGUUUCUCAAUUUAUCUUUUAUACAGACAUGUUUUCGCCUUUAUCAAGAUUCAUUUUGUUUUUUAAUUCUGUUGUCUUUUGACUUUCAGUGUUUGCCAUAUGCUUCACUGAAAAUAAUGUGUGAUUGUGCUGAUAUUGAUAAUUAAUAAUGAGAUAUCUAAUGUUAUGUAUCAUAUUCUGAAUGGUGUGGGCAGAUUUUGUUUUGUUUUUGGUUUAAGGUGGUUUACUGUUGUCUUUGUUACCAUUGUGCAUUGCAAUUUUAUACUUCAAAGUAGAGGUUGGACUAUGUAAUCAAACAAAUGUAUCUAACAAUAAAAGACGCAUGGUGCCUUUGGAGCCAUUUUUCCCCAUUAAACAUGUUUGUAAAUUUG